CCAUUCCAAAUUUUUUUGCUCAUUUUAUUUCAAAUUCCUCCCCCUCCCUCUCUCUCUCUCUCUCUCUAAAAUCCAUUUAUUUGAGUAACUAUCGUUCAACGGUUAUAUUUUCAUUUCACUUUCCCAAAUUUAAAUUUCAAAUCACAAUCUCAAUCUCAGAUUCUCUCACAGAUUAAGAUAUUCUUCAUCAAUGGGGGCAGCCAACAGUCGUGAAGGUUUAGAGCUUUCUGAUUCUGAUGAUUACGACGAACGAGAUUCCGAUCAAGAAGAAGAUUAUGAUACUUCUGAAGAACAAGUUGAAGAUGACCAUAGCCGUCAACCUACAACUCCUUCAUCGUCUUCUUUAGAUGAUGUUGAAGCUAGGUUAAAGGCUCUUAAGCUCAAAUACCCUGUUUCUUCUACCCCAAUUCAAACUCUUUCUUCUGGGUUAGGUCGAAAAAAUGCAGUUAAACUUUAUCGGCAUGUAGGUGGUGAUACUUCUGAUUCUAAAUGGAAAACUGCUGAUGGUUGUACUUCUUACUUGUUUGUGAAAUCUAAUGAUGAUGAGGAUGAGGAGGAGGAGGAGGAGGAGAAAAAUGGGUAUUGGGAGUUGAGGGUUGGGUCUAAAAUUAGGGUUAGGGUUUCCACGGAUUUACAAUUGAAGAUGUUUCCUGAUCAAUUACGGGUUGAUUUUGUGUGUAAUGGUGUUUGGGCGUUGAAAUUUUUUGAGAAGAAUAAUUAUUAUAGUUUGUUUCUGGCUGAAUUCCAGGAUUGUUUAUUUGAGAAUGUUCAUGGGUUAAAAGCUACUGAGAAGAAUAAGCUUAAAGUUUAUGGGAAAGAUUUUCUUGGGUGGCUUAAUCCUGAAGAUGCUGAUGAUACAAUGUGGGAUGCAGUUGAUGAUGAACAGUUUGGAAGUGGAAGUAAGACUCCUAGUUCUGCGUCUACUCCGUCUCUGUUGCACCGAGACCUCCUCGAAGAAAUCGAAGAAGUUGCCAAUUCUGGGAUUCAGAGUUUGGCAUUAGGUGCUCUUGAUAACAGUUUUCUUGUUGGGAAUGAUGGUAUUCAAGUUGUUAAGAAUUUCAGGCAUGGAAUUCAUGGAAAAGGGGUGUGUGUUAAGUUUGAUCGAAGUGGGUCAAAGAACACAAAUUCUUCAAGCUAUUCAACCCCAAAAAAGGCAAUUUUAAUGAGGGGAGAAACUAAUAUGAUGUUAAUGAGUCCAGUACUGGAGAAUAAACCACAUGCUCCUGGGCUUCAUCAAUUGGAUAUCGAAACAGGGAAAAUCGUUACUGAAUGGAAGUUUGCCAAAGAUGGGGCGGAUAUCUCAAUGAGAGACAUAACUAAUGACAACAAAGGAGCACAAUUGGAUCCUUCAGGAUCAACAUUCUUGGGUUUAGAUGAUAAUAGACUGUGCCAAUGGGAUAUGCGAGAACGCUGCGGUAUGGUGCAGAGUCUUGCCACUUCUAACUCCCCUGUAUUGCAUUGGAAUCAAGGUCAUCAAUUUUCAAGAGGAACAAACUUUCAGUGUUUUGCUUCCACUGGGGAUGGUUCAAUUGUUGUUGGUUCACUUGAUGGAAAGAUUAGGCUGUAUUCUAAGACAUCUAUGAGACAAGCAAAGACUGCAUUCCCUGGCCUUGGUUCGCCAAUUACUCAUGUGGAUGUUACUUACGAUGGAAAAUGGGUGUUGGGUACUACAGAUACAUAUUUGAUUCUUAUUUGUACGCUGUUUACUGAUAAAGAUGGAAGGACAAAGACAGGAUUUGGUGGUCGAAUGGGUAAUAGAGUAUCAGCUCCUAGAUUGCUUAAGUUAACUCCUGUGGAUGCUCAUCGGGCAGGGUCAAACAACAAGUUCCAUGGUGGUCAGUUUUCAUGGGUAACGGAGGAAGGGAAACAAGAGCGUCACAUAGUUGUAACAGCCGGAAAAUUUAGCGUUAUAUGGAACUUCGAGCAAGUGAAGAACAGUGGCCACGAGUGCUACCAAAACCAACAGGGUAUGAAGAGCUGUUACUGCUACAAGAUUGUGUUGAAAGACGAGUCUAUAGUAGACAGCCGCUUCAUGCAUGAGAAGUUUGCAGUUAGCGACACCCCUGAAGCUCCUCUUGUGGUGGCUACACCCAUGAAAGUGACUUCAUUCAGCAUAUCAACCCAGCAGUAACAAUAUUACACUGUUAUCUCAAUCUAGUAUGCCAUUUUUUUUAAUUCUGAAGGGUAUUCCUACUACAUCAGUAAAUACUCAUUUUAUGUUUCUUUUAGUGAUUCAAGUAUGUGUGCAAACUAGGGCUUUAAUAUUGCUAUGCAAUGGAAAUUGUCCAAAUUUUUAGUGAUUCAAUAGAAUUUUGUUGCUUUC